CACCUUAUCCCUAAACUAACCCACACAGCCACACUACCUUCGCUAGAAUUCUGAGACAAUGACUCAAUGAGAGAGAAAAAAUAGAGGAGAGUGAAAGAGGAGCCGAGAAAGCUAACUUUUCAACCCCACAUCUGCGGAAGAGGAGGCCCCCCGGUCAGCCUCCAAGCUUGGUGCUCUCCGAGCUUUCCCACAAGAAAAAUGCGUUACUGGCCGGAAGAAAGCCGGAAAAAGAAACAACUAUUUCCAACUUCGAGGCCUACCAGGAAAGGAAGAAGGAAUGGAGUUGAUCCGGUGGUGCUUUCUAGACUCCCAUCCACAGAAUCAGAUUUGGCCGCCAGAGACCUUCGUCAAAGCAGAUCCGAGAUCCGACCAUCUUUCUUACUUCUCAUCGCAUCUUCCAUUCUUGGUCCCUUCAUCUCGCUGGGCUCUCAAGCUUAUUCUGGGGUGAAUCAUACUGAUUGAUGAAUUUCUCUUCCAUAGAGGUCUGCAUACUUGAGGAGAAGGGAGGGGCAGGGGUGAUCUUCUGGAUGCACUUUCAUAGGAAGAAGCAGCUUUUCCUGCACUAUUUUCAUUUUUGAGUUGACAGAGAUGGAAGCAACAGUUCUGGGUAAGUGCAACGACAGUUUCUUCACUAAGUUAAGAGUUUUCAUUGCUUUGGCUGCCUGGCCCUGCCUCUGUUUCAUAUAAUGGAUGUCUGGGUUUUGAAGUCUAUUACUUUCCAUUGCUUUAGUUGAAUUCUUAUUACCACACCUG